GCGGGACGGGGCGCGCGGGACGGGGCGCGCGGGACGGGGCGCGGCAGACAACCUGUCGAACCGGUUCACAGGUGCUGCUGCUGUUGCUGGCGGCGGCGGGCGGGGCCGACAACCUGUCGAACCGGUUCACAGGUGCUGCUGCUGUUGCUGGCGGCGGCGGGCGGGGCAACCGCAGCCAUUUGUGCCCGUCCCCCUCUGGCGACUGACGAUCCACCUCCAAGCAACCUGCGAUGAGUUUGGGGCAGUGAGGCGGCCGCCGCUUGGAGUUCGGGCGGGAAGAUGGCAGUGGACAGGAUGGUGGGCUGGAUGGUCCUCUGGCUCGGCCCCACAGCAUGCUUUGCUUUGUUGGUGAGUGUACCAGAAACCCAUCGUACGACUACACUUUUUUCUUCCAUCGCGCUAAGAUGUGAUUAUUCCACUUCCUCGCAACUUCAGGAUGUAGUUGUCACCUGGCGUUUCAAGUCAUUUUGCAAAGACCCCAUAUUUGAAUACUAUUCCUCGGCGUACAUUGCUAUGUUGAGUAUGGGCCAAGAUCCAAGCAACGACUGCCAAGAUGAACAGCGAAAGGUGCGAAUUGUAGUUCAGAAACGAGGCCAGAAUGAGGCAAUACUGGGCAACGAAUAUAGACAAAGGAAGAUCACCAUUCAGAACAGAGCUGAUUUGUGGAUCAAUGAAGUGAUGUGGUGGGACCACGGUGUUUAUUUCUGUACUGUGGAGGCACCAGGCGAUACCACCGGGGACUCUGACAAAGAAGUUCGACUUGUUGUUUUACAUUGGCUGACGGUGCUAUUGAUUAUCAUGGGCUUUUUACUAUUGUUCAUACUGAUUAGUUGUUGUUGUUGCCAAUGCUGUCCACAAUUUUGCUGCUGCUAUGUUCCAUGUAUUUGCUGCCCAAAACGCUGCUGUUGCCCAGAGGAAGCUCUUGCAAGGCAUGAACUAGUCAAACAAGCAAAGCGAGGAAUGCUUCCUUGGAUGUACAACAGACCCAUGUAUGGUGAGGAAGAAAGGAAUUCACAGUUAAACUCGUUCUACAUGAAUGGGCCAUCACAUAGAGAUUUUUCCACAAAGAACAGCAUACCUUUGACUAUGCUUCCUUACAAUGCCCAUCCAAACCCUUCUGUUAAAAUGUUGGACUACCUGGAGAAUGAAGUGAAAAACUUAAGCACUAUACAGCCUCUACACAAUGAAAUCCGCAUAAGUGGUAGCCCACCUCCCAGUAUGUUGUCUUCUUUAAAUGAGAUGGGAGUCAGAGAUAUUGAUCGGCGUGUUAUCCACCUGCCCCCAAUAUUGGAAACAAUCCGUGAGACAAGCCUUCCCUCAUCACAACAAACCAGCAACUCAUCCCGAAGGAAUUAUCGCAGAAGAGCAAGAAGCCACGAGGAUAUUUUGGAAUCAGAGCUUCGUGGAAAUCCAAGGUCCCAGGGAGGAUCAAGGUCAAGUAGGAGCUCGCAAGAUAGAAGAUCGAACCGAUACCUCGGGAACAGGAAGGAUGAUGUCGAAGAUGGUGGACGGAUGCUUCCAAGAGAACGAAGCCAUGGAGAUUACAGUGAUGAAGAGUCAGAUUAUAGUAGAUCAAGGCACAGCAGUUCCAAUCAGAGGAAUGGCAGAAGAGGUUAUGAGGAGGAUAGGCGAUCACAUCACAGAAGUAGUAGAGAUUACUCACCUGAACGAAGGCAUAGGCGCAGAGACAGAAGCUACUCCCCUCCACCUCGAGGAAGGCGUCAGGGGUCGUGGAGUUCCCUGGAUGAUUUUGAAACCCGCUCUCGUAACAGAAUUGAGCCGGAUGAUCGAAUGACAGUCUGGUUAGAUACCCUGAAGAAGCCAUUUAAGUAUCAUGAGAAGCCCCCAAGCUAUCAUUCAGUAGAUGGGGCAUCACAAGAAAGUAGUUCACGAAGAUCGAACAAUGGCCGCCUCUCAGGACAGGGAAGUUCUCGGAGUGGUAAAAGUAUUGUGAUAUGAUGGAACUCUCCACUUGUCAUUUUCCACAACUGGUCAGGUUGAAAUAAAGCUGGUGACUUUUUAAACAUAUAUUUUCAUCAUGAACACAGCAAAGGUUUCAAUUUGCAUAUUACUUCAAGCUGUGCUGGAGGUAUAACUUUGCAACAGGAGCCUUUCAUUUCAGACGAGACAUCUUACUUCAACCUUGUUGACUGAUUAGUGAAAUUGGAUGUUGGUGGGGAACUUAGUUUGUUUUAAAUAUCAUGUACACUUUGGGGGAAAUUGACAGCUGUCUCAUCUACACGUGGGUUUGAAUCCGGUCCAGAUUGAGGUUUGCUGCAUUUGAGCAAAUACAUAUUGCUUUGAGACUAUUAUGUAGAUAAUUCAGUUACUCUAUAGUGCCUAAAUCUAUCAAAAAUCUUGUCUCUUAAUGAUUGUAUUUUAGACAGAAAAAAAAUCAAAUGGAUUAUAAAUGGUUGUGUUGUUUUUCAAUCUAGUAAUUGGGAUUUUUUUUUUUAAAUCAAGGAAACCAUUUUGAAUUCUUUUUAAAGUUUCAUCUUUUGAUAUUGUUUUUAAUAAAUCUGGACAAUGGAAUAAAUUAAAUGUUCUUGUAUUUUGUCUGAAUAACAAUGCACAUUGUAUUAAUAAUAAAAUAGCACAACUGGA